AUGGCCUGGGAAGAGACGGACAAGGCUCUUGCCGAGCUUCUCAGGAAACUGCCCCAGGCCGCCGUUCUCAUCACAUUUCUAGCCAUCGCUGCUAUCUUCACCUAUGUUGCAAACAGAAAUCCGGAACUGUUCAAAUCAGAUCCUCCCUUCUGGGAGAAGCCAGUACAACAGGAGACGCAAGAGCGACAGACUCCGGCGAAACAGACCUCAGCUCAAGGAACACGAGACCCUCAGAAAGACUUCCCUCCGCCUCCACCCAUCCUCAAAGCCUCCGACCACAUCAACGACGGCAAACACCACCUCCUCCUCUGCGCAACUGGCAGCGUCGCAACGAUCAAACUCCCCUCCAUCAUCUCCGCACUCUCGACGCACAAAAACCUCUCAAUCCGCGUCCUCCUCACCCCCUCCGCCUGCGAAUUCCUCCAAUCCCAAUCCUCCGAACAACCCUCCCUAGCAUCAAUCUCCCACCUCCCCAAUGUCGACGGCCUCUACCUCGACGCAGACGAAUGGCGCAAACCCUGGGUCCGAGGCGACAGUAUCCUCCACAUCGAACUCCGCCGAUGGGCAGAUCUCAUGGUCAUCGCUCCAUUAUCCGCAAACGCAUUAGCGAAAAUCGCAUUAGGCAUGAGCGAUAGCAUGGUAUACUCCGUUGCAAGGGCUUGGGAUACGACGGGGAUGAUUGAUGAGGCUAGGCCGGGGAUUCGAUUGCCUUAUGCUGCGGGGAUUGAAGGCGUGAAAGAUGCGAGGAAGAAGGGGAUUGUGGUUGCGCCGGCGAUGAAUACGGCUAUGUGGAAUCAUCCGGUGACGAAGAGACAUUUGGAUGUUUUGGAGGGCGAGUGGAAUGUGAGGAAUGGAGGGUGGGUGGAGGUUUUGAGGCCGAUUGAUAAGGGAUUGGCUUGUGGGGAUAAGGGCGGAGGGGCGAUGAGGGAGUGGAAAGAGAUUGUGCAGGUUGUGGAAGAGAGAUUGGGGUUGAAGAGUAGCGGCGAGAGACAAGGAAAGGAAGACUCUGAAGCUGAGGGAUACGUGGCCAUUGACCGGAGGUGA